AUGUGCCGCUGCAACAACAGGUUGUCGUUCUGUGGUGUGACUGAGAAAGGCUGUGAGAAUCUGGCUUCUGCCCUGAGUGCUAACCCCUCCUACCUGAGAGAGCUGGACGUGAGCUACAAUCACCAAGGAGAGACAGGAGUCAGACUCCUGACUGAGAAAAAGGAUGACCCAGACUGCAAACUGGAGACACUCAAUGUGGACAACAAUGCAGAGUGCUGGAUGAAGUCAGGACUCAGGAAAUAUGCCUGUGAGCUCACACUGGACACCAACACCAUGGACAAGCAGCUCUACUCGUCCGAAGGGUGAAGUUGUGGGUUUGAGGAAUACGACUACCCGUCCCAUUCAGGGAGGUUUGCGACGGUCGAGCAUGUUCUGUCCACAGAUGGUUUCUAAGGCCGCUGCUCCAGGGAAGCUGAGUGUCGUGGCUUCUGUGUUUAUCUAGGCAUGACUUACAAAGACAUUGAAAGGCAAGGGGGAGGGGGACGCCUCGGACACAACGAGAAGCACUGGGCGCUGCGGAGCGACUUCGUCGCCUAGUUGAUAUUUUCGCCUAUGACUGCUUACCACAAUAAUGACAUGAUCAUGAUUGAAUCGCCUGGGUGCACCUCUACACGAGUAGGAGUAUCUGGACUGGCCGACCAGCAAACUGUCCUUCUACAGUGUCUGCUCUGACACACUUAUCCACCUGCACACAUUUCAUUGUAGAUUCACAGAGCCCCUCUAUACAGGAAUCGGGUUUAUCUACGAUUUUCACAGUGAUAAUAGUGUGUCCCUGUGUGAGAUUGAAUAGGCCUCCUUAAAGUAACAAAGUUAGUAUAAGACUGAUUAAAGUAUACUAGCUUUAAAAUCAGAGAAAUUUGUAUUUUUUGUGUGUAAAUCCAACUAGAAUUACACACAAAUACCACUAUAUGUUGCUAGCACAAACUAUAUCUUUGGUGGUGUUGGCACAUCCAAAGUUUGUAAAAAAUGUAACCAAACACUUGAGACGCAGAAGCGAAGUUAACAACGAAUUGCCAUCACUAGAUAUUCUUAGCAAUAAAAAAGAAUAGAGUAUCAUCAAAAAGUGAAACACAAA